AUGUAUACGGAUGAAAAAGAAGCAACAGUACCAAAAUUAAACGAAGAAACAAAUGUUACAAUACCGUUAUUAUCAAAUAAAGAAAACUUAACAGAUCGAACAUCAGUAUCAUCGACCAGUUCAAGUAGUAGUAAUUCGCCUGAUAUAUGUCGAAUAUGUCAUUGUGAAACUACAAAAGAUGAACCAUUAAUAUCUCCUUGCUUAUGUUUGGGUACGAUGCAAUAUUUACAUCAAUCAUGUUUACAACGUUGGAUUAAAAGUUCUGGUGUAAAAUCAUGUGAAUUAUGUAAAUUCGAAUUUAUAAUGCAUUCCGAAGUUAAACCAUUUAAGCAGUGGCAAAAAUUAGAAAUGAAUGUUGUUGAAAGACGAAAAAUAAUGUGUUCAGUUGCAUUUAAUCUAAUUGCUGUUACUUGUGUUCUUUGGUCACUCUAUGUUUUAAUCGAGAAAACAAGAGAGGAAAUUAAAACUGGAAAACUUCAAUGGUCAUUCUGGACUAAAUUGAUUGUGGUCGCCAUUGGUUUUACAGGAGGAUUGGUAUUUCUUUAUGUUCAGUGCAAGAUGUAUCUUCAGCUAUGUAUUCGUUGGAGACAAUUUAACCAACGUAUUGUUAUUCAUUCGAUUAGUGAUCAACGACCACAUGAAGUUUUAUCUUCUGGGAUCAAAAGUCCAAGUAAUAAUGAUAAUACUGGUAAUUGUAUUGUUACAGUUCUUGAUAUAAAUGAUUUACCUCCAUUAAAUUCUAAUACAUUAUCAGCAACAAUAGUUGGUAAUAGUUCAAUAGAUUCCACUUCUCCUCAAUCCUCAACGAUUGAUCGUAAUAGACGUCAUGUAAAUCAUAAUCAUCGAAAUGUUUUACAUCGUUUUUUAAUAUUUCAUCGAUCGGAUCAAUCUCCAAUAUAA